CCCUCGGCCUGUCUCUCACGCACCAGUUACGUCUGACCGUAAAAAAUAGAAACUUCCAAGAUGGCCGAGUCCGUGGACUCCAUGCAUUUCGCUGCGAACAGCAAAACAAAUUCCCCGAAACCCCUACUGGCCAAACGACCGCCCGAGAGCCGUCCGCAGUCUUCCAGCGACAUUUUCCCACCCACCCCGAAGAAGGUCAGGGUGGAGGAGAAGGGCCUGAAGCACAGGAAACUGAACGGAGAGGUGUGCGCAGGGGAAAAACACAACGGGAAGCAGAGUUGUGGAAGCCCAGCGAAAUGGAGUUUCGGCCCGGCCAAGGCGAGCCACUCCACCGCCUCCGCGAUGCCAACUACCCCUGUCAGGAAAAUCUUCAAAAUCAGCAACUUCCUGGCCUCGCCUCCCAAGGUGAAAAAGGCGAAGGAGAAGCGACACAAGGAGAAGGAGAGGAGCAGCGAAGCCCCGCGGAGCUCCGCCGCCGCUGUGGAGAGAGUGAGCCCCGCUAGCUGCCAUACAAAGACGGAGAACGGCGACGUGAAAACGCUGCAGAGAGAUCACAGUGUGAAGGAGAAAGACAGGCAGAAGAAGAAGGAAAAGAACAAGGAGUGGAACAAACACAAACUACCACCUGUGCAUGACAUUGUGAGAGAAAACGGAGAGGUGAUGUCCCCCCAGAAAGAGUCUAAAGAGGUGCUCAGUGUUGGUUCAGAGGAAGAGCUGCUGCUUAAGAAACUCAAGAAGAAGAAGAAAAAGAAGCACAAAGACAGCGAGUGGGUGAAAGAGAGGCACAGCCGGCCCAAAAUGUACCACCGAUCCUGCCAGACUGUGUGCUCAGGGGUGACUCUGGGUCUGCCGGAGUUCCUCGGCCGGAUCAACGGGGACAGCAGCAGCAGUGGUCUAAUCCACAGCACUACAAUACCACAACACUUCCAGGAUCCUGCUGCUGCUGCUGCUGCUGCUGCUUCUCCUCCCACCAUGUCCUCCAUAGUCAGGGACAGGCUCAGCUACGGCUGUACAGCUACGGCGGGCCUUCCCGGGCUGGAGUUCAGCCAUCUGAUCCACAUCGAGCAGCAGGCCAACGGCGGCGCCUCCGUGGUGCACGCCUACACCGAGGAGCUCUCCUGUCUGUCUCCAGCAGAGAUGCAGCGCUUUGCAGAGGAGUUUGUGAGCCUGUCGUUCAGCGAGGAUGGAGCUCAGGCCGCACGCUUUGUGAUGGGAAUCAUCCACGGAGCGGCUUCCUACCUCCCAGACUUCCUGGACUACUUCUCCUACAAGUUUCCCAACGCAACAGUGAAGAUGGAAGUGCUCGGAAAGAAGGACAUCGAGACGACCACCAUGGCUACCUUUCACUCUCAGGUGAAGAGGACGUAUUCCCGGGGAACGUAUCGUGCCGGCGCCAUGCGGCAGGUCAGUCUGGUCGGAGCCGUGGACGAAGAGGUCGGCGACUACUUCCCAGAGUUCCUCAGCAUGCUGGAGGAGUCUCCUUUCCUGGUGCGAACUCUGCCGUGGGGAACCUUCUCCAGUCUGCGGCUGCAGAGCCCGACCGAGAGCGACGACGGCCCAAUCAUGUGGGUCCGACCCGGGGAACAGAUGAUCCCCAUGGCGGACAUGCCGAAAUCCCCCUUCAAAAGGAAAAGGUCCACCAACGAGAUCAAGAACCUGCAGUACCUGCCCAGAACCAGCGAGCCCAGAGAGAUGCUGUUCGAGGACCGGACCAGAGCCCACGCCGAUCACAUCGGUCAGGGCUUCGAGCGACAGACCACGGCCGCUGUCGGCGUGCUGAAGGCCGUCCGCUGCGGAGAGGACAGCGACACUCCCGCCCGGAUCACCAAAGACGUUGUGUGUUUCCACGCCGGAGAUUUCCCAGACGUGGUCAUGAGGCUGCAGCUGGACCUCCAUGAGCCGCCGCUGUCGCAGUGUGUCCAGUGGAUCGACGACGCCAAGCUGAACCAGCUGAGGAGGGAGGGGAUCCGAUACGCUCGCAUCCAGCUCUACCACGACGACAUCUACUUCAUCCCCAGAGGAGUCGUCCACCAGUUCAAGACCGUCUCGGCCGUCUGCAGCCUGGCCUGGCACAUCCGACUCAAACAGUACCACCAGCAGGAGGAGAGGAAGGAGCAGGAAGAGGAGGAGAAGUUUUCACUAAGCGAAGCGCUGCAUAGAGUCAAACAGGAGGAAGACGUGGAGGAAGAGGGCAACAAGUGCGACUUUGCGGUGCAGACGGUGAGGAAGGUGGAGGAUGAGGACAUGGAGGGACGAGAGGAGGCACCGUCUCAAACGCUGACGCAUCACUUCAAGGAGGAAGAGGAAGAUGGCCAAGAAGAGAUGAAGGAGUUGCUGGGAACACAGCCUCUGCCUUUGGUCCAAAAUGAAUCGGAGGAGGUUGUCUUCAGUCCCACGUCGAUGGAAAUUAAAGUGGAGGAGCUUCAGGAGGACAGAAAGGGCGGCGCAGAGACGAAUCAAAGACUGGCGGGUCAGGAGGACGCUGGACAGGACGCAGCGUUCCUAAAGGCCUCACACCAGGUCAAGAAGGAAAGUGAUGUGGAGGAAGAGCGGCAGCCAAAGGCAGCGCUGCCAGACAAGACUAAAGACGACACGACGAGCGCUCCCAGCACACCGCAGAUCAAAAAAGAGAAGGAUAAAGGUAAACGUGAGCGAGACGAAAGGGAGAGGACUAAAGAAAAGAAGGAGAAGGACAGGAGUAAGGAUAAGGAGAAAAAAGACAGAGGAAAAGACAGAGAGAGGGAGAAGGUCAAGACUGAAGGAGGAAGAGAUGGGGGCGCCCUGAUCCUGACGCAGAUAAAGAAAAAGGAGGAUGAAGAGCGGACGAAAGAGGGAAGUCGAGGCUGCCCGACCGCGCCGGCUGCUCAGAGAGACGAGAAGUGGGCCAAGGAGGCCGACUCCAAAACACAAACCAACUUCAAGAGAGACAAGGAGCACGACAAGGACAGAGGAGCGCCGCCGUCCCGGCCCGACAGAGAGGACGGCCGAGACGGAGGCUCGCACAAAAACAAGUCCACACAUGGAAAGAAGGAGAAGAGCGGCCACAAGGAGGGCAAGGACACGAGCGUGUCGUCGGCGAAACCAGGCAGGGAGGACGGUAAGACACACAAACACCCGCAGCUGCAGGCGAAGAAGGACGGCAAGAAGGAGAAAGACGGCGGCAGAGAGGAGAUCAGGAAGAAGCCUGAACACAAACCAGCACGGACGCUCUUCACGUUCGAUCUCUUUAAGCCCCUGGAGGCUCACCAGCCGCUCGCCCUCUCCUUAUCAGACAGCAGACCCAAACCUUCCUCCAAGCCGGGGUCGGACGCUCGGACACUUGUUCCCUCUAAAGGACCAAAAGUAAAGGACUCAUUGCAGGGAAAACCAGCGGCGGCGGCGGGGCUGCAGGACUCGCUAAAGCAGCCUCUGAGGACACAAACGCCACAAACACAGAAAGACUUCUCGAUAUGAAUGUCUCCAUGUCUUCUGCUUUUAUUGUACUACUUAUGCCAAGGCCUUGUUAAAAUAUUUGACGGUUCACCCUUCCUUUAAGAGGCAACCAUUCCACCACUUAGACGUGACGCAGCGAGAUGAGGAUGCGCUCUGCGAGUAUUUUAACAGCGCCAGCAAAUGUAAGCUAAGGAGCUCACUUCAUUUUGUUGGUCAGCAGACGUACGAAGUCUUUAACACGAUUACACGAUUCGCUUUGGUGACCCGUGUGUCGGUGCCUGUGCACUACUCAGCUUCGCUCAUAAAGCUCCUAUUUUAGGUACUCGAGCCAAUCUGAAAACAAUCAUCUUCAUAGUACUUUGCAAAAGUUUUGAUACCUUUUUCACGUUUAGUCAUGUCAUAACCACAAACUUGGAUGGAUUUUAUGGGGAUUUCCAGAGAGAGCGACACAAAGUAACUAAGGUUACAUGAUUUACCAUUUUGAAAUCUGUUUUCUCCUUUGUCUGCUACCCUGAAAUAAAAUCCUGUGCAACAAAUGACCUCCGGAAGUCGACUAAUUAGUAAAUAAACCUGUAAAAUAUUCAUCUCCCCUUAAAUCAGGUCUUUUCAGAACUACAUUUCUCUGCAGGUGCAGCUGUAAGCUCGUUCAGAGUGGACAUCGGUUUCAAGCUGUCCAGUCAGAUUCAGGGCUACACCAGGAGUCUGCAACCUUUACGACAUAAAGAGCCAAAUAAAAGACAUUUACUCC